AGAGAGGUGAAGGGUGGAGUACCUGACAGUUGACGGAUUAUCAAAGAUUAACAGCCUGCCAGUGCAGCAUCGGCGGACAGGUGAGUAUAAGAUGUCGGUAAGGCUUCGUUGCUUCGAAUCGGGGAUAUGCAUGCUCCCCUGAACACAGACGGUGAAUGGAUUGUAGCCACAGCACGCACGUUGCAGUUGAGCCGUGUUGGAGCCAUUAAGUAUUAAGUUUAGAGAUCAUAUCGAUUGCAUUGAGGCAGUGAAGAUUUCUUAUUUAUACUCUGGCAUUGCUUGUUGUCUCUGUUUUGCCUAAACAAAAAUUCCUGCAGAAUCCGUAGCGAGUUUAUGAUGCACUUAUCUUUAUCGUGGCGGUCUGGUCAGUGACAUUUCUGCAGGGUCCUUCUGGGAUCGGCAUGUUUUGCUGUGAUGCAAUGUUACUUAAAAGCUCACUUAGUUUUAAAGUCAUAGCAGCAGACAUAGUCGAUUCUACAUGUGUAAAACUAUACAAUAUAUAGACUUAAAUAGCAUGUUUAUGGCAUGUUUUGGAAAAGACAAUGUAGAAAACCUAUAUGAAUAGUCAAAUAACGGCUUAAAGUAUUUUACAAUAAGGAGAGACAGGCCAAGUUAAAGUACCAAUAAAUUUGUUUUAUAUGAAAUAAACAAGUGUUUACAAAAAGAUAAGCAUGAGGUGUGGUGUUUAGAUGCUUCACUAGUGUAGGAAAUAUAUGGAUAAGUGAGGAUUUUGUGUGUGUGUGGGUGUAGGUUAGUGUGUUCUAGGCAGCAAAAUGUUGAACCAAACCAAAACCUGGAGAUGCGGAGUCUAGAAGAGAGAAAAAGUCAAACAAGAGACGACUGAAUUACAUAAACUGGGGGUGGUUGAUUAGAAACACAGACACAGACAGAGGCUUUCAAAUGCAAAGCAGUUGUGUCAUUGUAUUGAUUCCUGUGAAUGACAAGUGUUUCUCCUACUCCCCUUUCAACAGGCAUCUCACCUGUUCCCUUAUCACUACAUUGUUACAGAGUGAAUACAGUCAAUCUCUAACUCUGUUUUAUUAUAUCUCGCUGACUCCCUUUAAUCCCAGAUUCAGCAGCAGCUUUUUUAACGCUUUUGACUAUGGCUGAGACCAAGGGGAAAUUUGACUUUGCUAUCGACCGGGGUGGCACUUUCACCGAUGUGUUUGCCCGGCUGCCUGAUGGUCGCGAGAGAGUACUGAAACUGCUGUCUCGAGACCCCCAGAACUACAAAGACGCUCCUACUGAGGGGAUCCGCAGAGUCCUGGAAGAGGAAACAGGGCGGGUCUUUCCUCGUGACCAGCCUGUAGACACUUCACUCAUUGGCUGGAUCAGAAUGGGCACAACAUUGGCAACCAACGCUUUGCUGGAGAGAGAAGGAGAAAGGACUGCGCUCCUGGUCACAAAGGGCUUUAAGGACUUGCUGCACAUUGGCACACAAGCCAGGCCAAAGCUGUUUGAUUUGGAGGUUGCAGUGCCUGAGGUGCUGUAUGAGGAGGUAAUAGAGGUGGAUGAGCGAGUUGUUCUUAGGCAAGAUGGCUGCCAGCUGCCCAGGAAAGAUCCCAAACGUAUUGUCACAGGCAGUACCGGGGAUUCUCUGGAGGUGUGGAGGGAGCUGGAUCUUGAGGGUGUGGAGAAAGACCUGAGAGGAGUUCUGUCUCGCGGGAUCACCAGUCUGGCUGUCCUUCUGCUGCACUCAUACACAUGGUCCGACCAUGAGAAAGCAGUGGGUGCCCUGGCACGUUGUCUGGGCUUCACCCAGGUGUCUCUAUCCAGCGAGGUCAUGCCCAUGGUGCGGGCAGUGCCACGGGGCUACACCGUCUGUGCCGACGCCUACCUCACACCCAAAAUUCGGCAGUAUUUAAAAGGCUUCACCUCUGGCUUCAAGGGUGGCCUGAAGGAUGUGGACGUGUUGUUCAUGCAGUCAGAUGGAGGUCUGACUCCCAUGGAACAGUUCUGUGGUUCGCGGGCCGUUCUGUCUGGCCCAGCGGGUGGUGUGGUGGGUUAUGCCAUCACCUCUUACAGCCAGAUGGAGAAGAAACCUGUGAUUGGCUUUGACAUGGGCGGAACUUCUACAGAUGUGAGUCGAUAUGCUGGCCAGUAUGAACAUGUGUUUGAGGCUACCACAGCUGGAGUCACCCUGCAAGCACCUCAGCUCGAUAUCAACACUGUGGCUGCAGGAGGAGGGUCACGACUGUUCUUCAGAUCAGGGAUGUUUGCAGUUGGACCAGAAUCUGCAGGUGCACAUCCAGGACCAGCAUGCUACAGAAAAAGUGGUCCUCUGACUGUGACCGAUGCUAAUUUAGCCCUGGGACGACUCCUCCCUUCCUUCUUCCCAAAGAUCUUUGGGCCCGGGGAGAAUGAAUCACUGUCCUUGGAGGAGACCAUGAAGCAUUUCCGUCAUCUCACCCAAGAGAUCAACCUCUUCUUGUCUUCUAACCAGUCACAGGCACUGAUAUUUACUGAAAUAUUGAAGAUGAGCGUGGAGGAGGUUGCGAUUGGAUUCAUUCGUGUUGCAAAUGAGGCCAUGUGCCGGCCAAUUAGAGCUCUAACACAGGCCAAGGGCCAUGAUACAUCUAAACAUGUGUUGGCAUGUUUCGGGGGUGCAGGUGGCCAACAUGCUUGUGCUAUUGCCCAAGCCCUCGGGAUGAAGACUGUCUUUAUACAUAAGUACAGUGGCGUGCUGUCGGCCUACGGUCUGGCUCUUGCUGAUGUGGUGGAGGAGGUGCAGGAGCCAUGCUCAAUGCAGUAUGAACAGCACUGUUUCAGUGAGCUCGACCGGAGGGUGGAGCAGCUCUCAAAAUGCUGCCACGAUACACUCUGUGCACGUGGCUUCACCAGCAGUCAGAUAUCCACUGAGGUUUUCCUCCACCUGCGUUAUGAGGGCACCGACUGUGCGCUCAUGGUUACUGCUGCCGGUUACCCCAGCAACGCCCAGUCCUGUUGCGCUGGAGACUUCCGCAGUGCCUUCACCAAACGUUAUUUGAAGGAAUUUGGAUUCACCAUCCCAGACAGACCCAUCAUGGUUGAUGACAUCAGAGUGAGGGGUUGUGGAAAAUCUGGUAUCAAAUCAGUGUAUAAAACAAAUAUGGGACCCAAACAGGCCAAACCUGUCACGGUGACCAAGUGUUACUUUGAAGAUGGUUACCUGGACACCAGUGUGUAUCUAUGGGAGGAGCUGCCAUGUGGUCACAGCAUCCAGGGACCAGCCAUCAUCAUUGACAAGAACAGCACCAUCCUGGUGGAGCCAUGCUGUGAGGCCAGUCUGACAGAGGGGGGAGAUGUUUUCAUGACUGUAGGCUCUGACCCUCACUGUGCCCUCGGCACUGAGCUCAACACAGUGCAGCUCUCCAUCUUUUCCCACCGCUUCAUGAGCAUAGCAGAGCAGAUGGGCAGAGUUCUUCAAAGAACCUCCAUCUCCACCAACAUCAAGGAACGUCUCGACUUCUCCUGUGCUGUGUUCGGACCAGACGGCGGUCUGGUGUCCAACGCACCUCACAUCCCUGUCCACCUGGGUGCCAUGCAAGAGACUGUCCAGUACCAGAUCAGAUCACUGGGGAACAACCUGAGGGAAGGGGAUGUGGUUCUUAGUAACCACCCUUGUGCUGGGGGCAGCCACCUUCCAGACCUCACAGUCAUCACACCAGUGUUUAGAAAAGGGGUGAGUGGUCCAGUGUUCUUUGUAGCCAGCAGAGGGCACCAUGCCGACAUUGGAGGCAUCACUCCAGGCUCCAUGCCCCCCCAUUCCACCUCCCUUCAGCAGGAGGGCGCUGUCUUCACUUCCUUCAAACUUGUCACUGGUGGGGUCUUCCAGGAGCAGGCUGUAACUGAAGCUCUGAUGGCUCCGACCCAGUAUCCAGACUGCUCUGGGACUCGUAAUCUCCAUGACAACCUGUCAGACCUGCGGGCUCAGGUGGCAGCCAAUCAGAGAGGAGGCCAGCUGGUGGGGGAGUUGAUUGACAGCUACAGGCUGGCUGUGGUUCAGGCCUAUAUGGGGUAUAUUCAGAGUAACGCAGAGCUGGCAGUGAGGGACAUGCUGAGAGACUUUGCACGUUGUCGACGGCAACAGACUGGCUCCUUGGAGGUGGAGUCAGAGGAUUUCAUGGAUGAUGGGACGCCAAUCAGACUGCGGGUCAAGAUUAAUGAAGAAGAGGGCAGUGCAGUGUUUGACUUCACAGGGACCGGGACAGAGGUUUGGGGAAACUGCAAUGCUCCACGGGCCAUCACCCUCUCUGCCCUCAUCUACUGCCUGCGCUGCAUGGUUGGACAGGACAUCCCCCUCAAUCAGGGUUGUCUCGCACCGAUCAAAGUCAUCAUCCCCCCUGGUUCAAUCCUCCAGCCUUCCCAGAAUGCAGCUGUGGUUGGAGGAAAUGUGCUCACAUCCCAGAGAGUGGUUGACGUCAUCUUUAGGGUGUUUGAGGUGUGCGCUGCCUCACAGGGCUGCAUGAACAACAUUUCAUUUGGCAGUGAGAGGAUCGGUUACUAUGAAACUGUUGCGGGGGGAGCAGGGGCAGGGCCAGGCUGGAAUGGGCGAAGUGGAGUUCACAGUCACAUGACCAACACCCGUAUCACUGACCCUGAGAUUCUGGAGAAGAGGUAUCCAGUGAUUUUAGAGCAGUUCUCUCUGCGGCCUGGCUCAGGAGGUGCAGGGAAAUACUGCGGUGGAGACGGUGUGAUCCGUAAACUUUUGUUCAGGAACAAGGUGGUUCUGUCUGUACUGACAGAGAGACGAUCCACUUGUCCCUACGGCCUCCAGGGGGGUGAGGAUGGCGCAGCAGGGCUGAACCUGCUCCACAAGGCAGAUGGCAGAGUUCUCAACCUGGGAGCCAAAACCAGUGUCGGCCUUCAGCCCGGGGACAUGUUCUGCCUCUACACCCCUGGAGGAGGAGGAUAUGGAAGAGAAGAGGAAACAAAGAGUAGACCUCAGACAAAGCGCAGGCGCUUGAAUGAGACUUUCCUUGAGAGGGGCAGCGUAUUCGAAUACCGAAUGGCACAAGAGGGAGUGUGAGACAAAAUAAGAAAGCAAAGGAGAGUUAAUAGUCAAGCCAGAGGAGAGGAGGGAAAUGGAUGGGAAAAUAACAGGAACACAAGCGUAGUGAAAGAUAGAAAAAACAGAGUUAGGCUCUUUGAUAAAGAUGGAAGGAUUCUUUUAAAUUAUCGAGGAAAACAGUGGUAAUACCAGUCUCAACAAGACAUAUAUGCAGGCUGGCAAGAUUUUACCAGA